CGGGGGCGGAAAAAAUAGCAAGGAAACGUUUUUGUCAUGGCGCUGGGGAGGACUGCAGUGCGACGCUGGCUUCGGAGCUGCUGUUUCUGGGAGACCCGUUUCUUGAAAAUGAAAUCCGGCUGCAGCCGUCACCUUUCUUUAGGUCAUGGAGGGAAAAGGGGAGUCGAGGUGUUUGAAAAAUCCAGAAUUUUCAGAAGAGGGUUUAUAUUCUCAGCAUUGUCUUACUUGGGAUACAACACUUAUCUAGUAAUUUCUCAGUCUGCUAUGGUUUGGGCUGAUGUGAAAGUUGAUGAAAUCCUAGAUCAAGCAGACUAUCUCUAUGGAAGUGGAGAAACCCAAAAGCUUUAUCAGUUGCUGAGUGAACACAAGAACAGUGAAAAUGCACAAGUGUUGUGGCGUCUGGCACGAGCUUUACGAGACCUUGCUCAGCUUAGUCAAACUUCAGCAGAAAAAAAGAAGCAGCUGGCUUAUGAAGCCCUUGAUUAUGCAAAGAAGGCACUUGAGAAAGACAACACUUGUUAUAGUGUACACAAGUGGUAUGCAAUAUGUCUCAGUGAUGUGGGAGAUUAUGAAGGAAUAAAGAACAAAAUUGCCAGUGCUUUUGUUAUAAAAGAACAUUUCCAGAAAGCAAUUGAUCUGAAUCCAAAGGAUGCUACUUCACUUCAUCUUAUGGGCAUUUGGUGCUACACAUUUGCUGAUAUGCCAUGGUAUCAGAGGAACAUAGCUACUGUUUUAUUCUCAACACCACCUAGUUCUACCUAUGAAGAAGCAUUACAGUACUUUCAAAAGGCUGAAAAUGUUGAACCAAAUUUCUAUAGUAAAAACUUGCUGUUCUUAGGAAAGACAUACAUCAAAUUAAAUAAUAAAAAGAUGGCCCUUCUCUGGCUAACAAAAGCUAGAGAUAGGCUACCACAUACAGAGGAAGAUAAGCAGGUACAAAAAGAAGCUUUGGAACUACUAAAUUCUAUAUGACACGAUUACUCAAAAUAUAUGAACUGAUGAACUAAGAAACUAAGCAGAAAGCUAAACAUUAUAUUGUGGUUCAAAUUGGUAUAUGAAGAAAAGAACUUUUAGAGAAUAAAUUCCAGAUUUUGCUGACAUUUCCAUCUGCAUCUAUUAAUCCAUCUAUAUACAUGUCCAAAAUGGAGACAAAAAAUCAGGAAGCAGUUAUGAAAUUGACAAGUAUUCAGAAAUUUCAAUUUUAAUUCCUACUUUUCUUGUUUAAACUGUUAUUUCAAUCAUUGUCUGGCAUAUGAAGAUAUGGUUUUAGAUACUUCAUUUGGAUAACUGCACUGUUUUUGUUUUGGAGAAUUUAGGACAGAAUAUGCUUGUUUUUAUAUGUCAAAAGGAUAAUUGGUUAAGAUAUAAUUAUAAGAAUGUGGUUAGAAUGCA